AUGUUGCUCAAGCAGAUUCUUCUUGGCCUAGGGAUGUGUGCGGGUCUGGCUGCGGCUGGCGAGCCUGACGCCACGCCAAUGACCGUCAACAACGCCGAGUACGAGCGACACUGUGGAGCUAACAGUGACGCCAACUAUCCGUGCUUCACCUUCGUCGGUGGCGACCUCAGAGAUGUUCGUGCCCAGAUGUAUGGUGAUGGUGCCGCAUCUGGCAUCAAUGACCCGACGACCAACUUCCUGGUCAAGGACGAUCAGAUGCGAGACUUUACCACUACGGACCCCAACAAGAGCUUCUCGAUCUAUUGGUUCGCUUUCGACGUGUCUGUCCUGUACGAACCCGUCGAUACGUCCAAGGCAUGCUACAGGAUCAAGAUCAAUUCGAUCGGCAAUGGCAGGAUCUGGAUCAAUGACGGCUUGAACAAUGGAGAGGAUAUCGAUCUUGACUCGAGGGACUCUUCUAUGGGUGUCCACGAGUUUUGCUCCAAGUGGCUCCGUCUUCAUGUCGGCGACGACAAGUAG